UUAAGUAUGGCGGAGGAGGAGGACUCGAAAAAUGAAAACAAAAGUUUAUUACAGCGAAUGCUGGCGGCCAUCAAGGAAGAAAGAAGUAGACACCGUCAAAAGAUAGAAAUUAUAGAUGAUGGUGGGUUUGAGUUUGUAGCAGUGGACAGAUUUUGGACAGAUCUGUUUGAAGAAUAUUUUUUAGAAUCCGAAGGAAGCGAGGAAGACAAACGGGAUGAUAUGUUAUUUUAUGUUCGUAAAACUCAGCAAGAAAAGAACAAACCUUCUACAUUACAACCUGAGAUAGAAGUGUAUAGAUGGGUGUCUAAAAAUAAACCUGGUUUAGAUGAUGGUAAUAUAGACUGGGAAGAAACAGUUUAUUUAAAUAUUAUAUUACAUCAGUUUGAAUAUACAGUAACAUGUGCUAUAUGUACGAGAACUAGUGAUAAAGACUUACAAACGUUACGGAAAUUCUCACAGCGUGUUUAUCCUUCACCUAGUAAAAGAGAAAUGUCUGGUAAAGGAACGGAAGAGAAAAUAACCUACCCUAAUAUAUUCUUCACUGUUGAUAAUUUUGAAGAGGCCUUUCAAGAUAUAAUAGUGCGAGAUAGUGAGAGUGUUGUAGUAGAAUUAUUAGCAAGAGAUAAAGAUGGAGAUUUUGAAAAUGUAAUAUUUCUCGGAUCAGUUAAAUAUGAUGCUUUAAAAAAAGUUUACGAUGGUAAAUUAAGUUUAUCAUCCAAAAUGGCGCAGCGUAUGACAAUGGGGUGGCUACAGAAUAACAACAAAAGGGUUGAAUUUUUGCGGAUGCGUGGUCCACUAGGAAAAGGUCAUGCAGAAAUGGCUGUUAGCAGGGUCAAAGGAUCGGGACCAGAAACUCCAGAUAUUGAAAAUUUUCCAUCAGAAGAUUUUGAUGACUCGGAUUCGAAUCAGUACACACAUUGUUUAUUAUCGUAA